AUGAAAAGAAGAUGGGAACAACUUAUUGAAAAUGAAGAAAAAAGACAAAACAAACUGAACAAUACAAAAAAGAAAAUUGAAGAAGUAAAGUCAAAUAAACAAACAAUUAAUGUAGAAGUAGACCCAUUAAAAAUUAAACAAAUGCAUGAAAAAAUACUUGGAUUUUAUGAAAAAGAAGGAAGAAAAUUACCAUGGAGAGAAACAACAGAUAAAUAUAAAAUACUUGUAAGUGAAGUUAUGUUACAACAAACACAAGUGACAAGAGUAAUAGAAAAAUAUAAGUCAUGGUUAAUUCGUUUUCCGACUAUUCAAGAUUUAGCAAAAGCAAGUCUUGCUGAUGUUCUUGAAGAAUGGAAUGGAUUAGGUUUUAAUUCAAGAGGAAAAAGAUUAAGAGAUUUGGCUAUUGAGGUAUGUGAAAGGUAUAAAGGGAUAAUACCUUCUAAUGUUGAUAAGUUAUUAAAUUUACCAGGGAUUGGUCCCUACACUGCAAAUGCAGUAUUAAUUUUUUCUGAAAAUCAAGACAUUGCAACAGUAGAUGCUAAUAUUAGAAGAAUUCUUAUUCAUGAACUUUCUCUUGAUGAAAAAACACCUGAAAAUAUAUUAUUCGCUUAUGCCAAUAAAUGUCUGCCAUUAGGAAGAAGUCGUGAUUGGCAUAAUGCAUUAAUGGAUUAUGGUGCUCUUGUUGCAACUGGUAAAAAAACUGGAAUUGCAGCAAAAUCAAAACAAAGUAAAUUCGAAGGAUCAAGAAGGUCAUAUAGAGCUGAAUUAUUAAGAAGAAUUAGAAAAAAUAAUGGCUCUUUGUCAAUAGAAAGUUGUGAAGAAGUUAUUAAAGGGACUAAAUACACUUUAGAAGAAAUCAUUGAAGGAUUAGAAAAAGAUGGAAUUGUUCAUAAAGAAGGAACUUCUAUUGUUUUGAAUAAAUAA